UCUGUGUGUGUAGACAUCCCCUUGUCAGUGGGUAUCAUGGAAGCCAAGGCCAACCCCUCCCAGCUCAACGCUGCCGAGUUCCUCUGGGACCUCAACAAGAGAGCCUCUGUGUUUGUACAGGUAACAUAUUACCCUGUUGACUCUUUCCCCGUUGACUCUUUCCCCGUUGACUCUUUCACGUUGACUCAGUCUCCUCUCUCUCUCUAUUCUCUCCAUCUUUCAACCUAACCCUCCUCGUGUGUGUGUGUGUGUGUGUGUGUGUGUGUGUGUGUGUGUGUGUGUGUGUGUGUGCGUGUGUGUGUGUGUGUGCGUGCAGGUCCACUGCAUCAGUACAGAGUUCACCCCUAGGAAGCAUGGAGGGGAGAAGGGAGUUCCCUUCAGGAUCCAGAUCGACACUUUCAGACAGGGCGACAGCGGAGAGUACACUGAACACCUCCACUCUGCCUCCUGCCAAAUCAAAGUCUUCAAGGUACAAACACGCAUACAUUCUCUGAACACAGACAUCACACUGAGUCCGAUCACAUGCCUGCAGCCUUAUUCCUCUCUCUCUGUCUCUCUCUGUCUCGCUCUCUCUCUCGCUCUCGCUCUCGCUCUCCUUCCUUCUCCCAGCCAAAGGGGGCCGACAGGAAACAGAAGACUGACAGAGAGAAGAUGGAGAAACGAACAUCUCAGGAGAAGGAGAAGUACCAAUCCUCCUACAACACAACCAUCCUAUCAGAGGUUAGUCCAUCCAGGGUGUUAAUCGGGACUGGAAAACUAUAGAGCACUUAAACAGAGUUGGCACUUAUCAGGAGUCAAGUGUACGGGGUCAGAGGUCAGAGUGUGUUUCUGUGUGUCUAGUUGAGGCUGGAGCCUAUCGUAGAGGAGGCGGGAGACUAUGAGCUGAAGAAGUCCAGCAAGAGGACGCUGCCGGCUGACUGUGGGGACUCGCUGGCCAAGAGAGGCAGUGUAAGCAUCCUUUGUGUUAUUUAUUCUCUCCAUCCUCCAUUCCUGUCAAGGCAGUGAAUAUGUAGAGUUGUAUGUUGCUUGGUAACAGGGUUUCCGUUAGCUGGUAAUAGCUGGCUUUUGGCCAAAUAAUAAUAAUUGAAAAGCUGAUUAAAUACAUUUUGCCGCCGGCCAAUUGUCCGGGACAAGAAGAAAGAUCCCAUAGCGAAAUUAUGCUUUUUAGCCUGUUCAUUGAUGGAAAUACCAGUCGAUGGAAAUUCAUUUGAUUAAAUACAGUCUAUAGGUUAAUUUGCAUAAUUUAGUGGAAUUAAAUUUGGCGCGGGUAUAUAUUGGUUAUGUGCUUGUCACCACGCGUGCAGAGCAUAGACCGCUUUGGAGUGGAAAACUGGGCAGACAGACCUUUUUAUAAACCCAAUCAUUGCGCAACAAUUCUAGAUGUUAAAAAUAGUUAUUUGGCCAACAUUAAAAAUAGCUAAUAUUGUUAUUUCUCAACUGGUAAUUGAAGCAUGCUUCCCAUUUGCCAUUAAAAUGCAUCGGCAACGGAAGGCAGGCUUCAUCAGCACGUCACACACCACUUUGCAAUGAGCUAUAAGUAGUGUGAAUUUUGAAAACAUAUACAUUUAGCUACUUACAAUAGAAUAGGUUAAUUUUUGUCGUGGAAUAUUCUAAUCAAGUGAGAUAGACUUUGUCAUUUCUUCAAACAAUCAUCUUUAUUUCAUAUCAAUUUAAUUAUUGCAAUAAUGAAGCUGGUCGACUGCACACUCUGAAGUGUGUGUUGCCGAGAGCUUAAACUCGUACAGAGAAUACCGGGUCUUUAUAUAGCAGACCUAAAAAUGCUUAGUCAUGGCUGGUUCCACCCCUCCCAUGCAGAUCGGGGGCAUCAUAAGCCACCUUUGGUUCAUCUGGUGGUUAUCUACACAGGGUGGUAUUUUACCCCUCCAGGCUAAGUUUCCCAGAUGCAAGGAUGAGAACAAACAAUGAAAUGUUUGUUCCACUCCUCCAGGCUAUCUGUAUCUCGGUCACACCACAUCUUGUCUAUGGAAUGCAGGCUGUAGCCAUCAUCAAUCAAUUGUCAGCUCAAGCUAUCUCUAGUGACCACACGCCCAGAUUAGCUGGAGUGGAGACCUUCCCUUUACAAAAUCACAGCAUUAGUAGCCUCCCUGUAGCUCGGUUGGUAGAGCAUGGCGCUUGCGGGUUCGAUUCCCACGGGGGGGCCAGUAUGAAAAAUGUAUGCACUCACUAACUGUAAGUCGCUCUGGAUAAGAGCGUCUGCUAAAUGACUAAAAUGUAAAAUGUAGAACAGAGAUGUCUUACUAUUUGUUAAGUAUAUAAUUAACUAUUAAUAUCAAACAAGGUAAAUAUGUACUUUUUCUCUCACACUUUCCUACUAUGGGAGAUAGUAGAUUGACAUAGGCUGAUAUCCGACGCGUCCAUAAGUAAGUUGAAUUAAAUUGUCAAAAUGAUAUAGCCUAAUUAGCCUACUUCUGUCUAUACAGAAAUAAAUAAAAUCAUUCAAAAUAGGUUACUGAAGCCUGAUUUGGCCCCAGGAUCAUUAGCUUCUGUAAAAAUAUUGGAAUGUUGGUUGUUGUAAAUCACAUUUCCUACGGUCGGAAGGAAAGGCAGCGCGUGGCAAAUACCAAAUAGAUGAUUGUUGAGUUGCGACCGUCAGUGAAAAGUUUAGCGGCCCAGCCAGGCAUAUCACAAUAUUUCAAAAUGAAAUCGCAGGAAAACAUUGUUCGAAAAGCAAAUGGCUGCUGCUGUAAAGAGAAGACAAUGAAACGACUAAUCAGUCUUUUAGUUGAGCGAACAACAGUAUCUUAUUUUAUUUAUUUAUGAUUCAUUAUAUAUUUUUUAUAUAUAUAUUUGUUUUUUCUUUCAUUAUUAUUAUUAUUUUUAGUCAUUUAGCAGACGCUCUUAUCCAGACCAACUUACAGGAGCAAUUACGGUUAAGUGCCUUUCUCAAGGGCACAUCGACAGAUUUUUCACCUAGUCGGCUCGGGGAUUAGAACCAGCGACCUUUCGGUUACUGGCACAACGCUCUUUAACCACUAAGCUACCUGCCGCCCCGUUAUUGGCACCAGAAGAGUGAGUGCACACUGCGCAUAUUCACUCUUUAUCACUGUUGGAUCAGUGCCAUUUUAAAAGUUAGUUUUUGGACAAUCAUUUCCUCCUCCAGUUUAGAUGGAGGUCAUAUUCUAUCUGUGUCUCCCCUUCUCCUAGCCCUAUUAUAUGGACAACGUUGUUUUGAUUGAUCUGUUAUGUCAGUAUCAGCAGAGUAGGCUACCCUGUCAUUUGUUGUAUUAAAAAUGAUUCCGCUAACGUCUCCAGUCAUAUGAAGUGGAGUAGAAUUGCAUGUAAUGUGUUUAAUAAAAUAAAGAAGAAAUGUAUCUGAUAUAGCCUAUUGCCCAGGCUUCUACACUGCACACGCUCAGACAUGUUUUUGCUACCAGUGAUUGAGUUAUAUUAUUAGCCUAAAUGAUGACUGUCCGAUCUACUCAUCAUAUUACGAAUAGGAGGCUGUCUUACAAUAUGUCUGCAAGUGCCAGGAUGCAUGGAAUGCUUUUUCAUAAUGGUGCGUUUUUAUGGUGAAGAAUGUGCUUCCCCCCCCCAACUCAAGGGCCUGUGCAUAGGCUAGUGAUUGUGCUGUUCGUUACUCGUCUCGUUGGCUGAGGAGAAGGACAUUUUGGACUGUUAUUCUAACAUCUUCAAAGUGCGGGAAGGACGCACGUCGUUGCAUCCUCGACUUGCCUGUGCUGUUAAUAUGAAAUUACCAUCAUCUAAAAGUGAUUUCUGUCAUUGUGAGCAUCGUGGGUGGAAGCCCUAAUCAGGUUACGCACCCAACGUAUUUCUCAAAUGUCCGGUAAAUUAAAAUGCUGCCGGUCAAAUGUCCGGUUCCACAUUUUCAUUCAUGGAAACCCUGCUUAGUAAGUGGUGACAGUAAUGUUUAAUAGUGUUAUUGUAGUGUGUGUGUGUUAUAGUGACAUCUCUCUCUUCUCUCUGGUCAGUGUUCUCCGUGGCCUGAUGCCUACGUCAGCUCUCCCCAGACAGCUGGCCCCUCCUUCACCUCCACACCUCUCUCCACGUACACUGCCUCCUCCGUACCCGACAGGUGUGUGUGUGUGUGUGUGUCUGUGUGUGUGUGUCUGUGUGUGUGUGUGUGUGUGUGUGUGUGUCUGUGUGGACAUAGUGAGAUAAUACUGACUGUGACUGUUGUAUUCCAGUGGCUCCUCGUCGCCCAAUCACCAGGCAGACCCUGUCAGCCAAGUCGUCACAGAGGUCAGUAUACACCGCUCUCUCUCUCAUGGACGUGUCUCAAAUCCUGUAAAGACUUCUCAUUCAACACCUGCCUUCAGUUUGGAUUGGAUAACACACACACUCCCUUUCUUCUGUCUCGCUCUCUCUCUCCUCUCUCCCCUCUCUCCCCUCUCCCUCCCCUCUCCCUCUCUCCUCUCUCCCCUCUCCCCUCUCCCCUCUCUCCUCUCUCCUCUCUCCUCUCUCCUCUCUCCCCUCUCCCCUCUCCCCUCUCUCCUCUCUCUCCUCUCUCCUCUCUCUCCCCUCUCUCUCCUCCUCUCUCUCUCUCUCGCUCUCUCCAGCAACUCAGUCCUACAGCUACCAUCCAGGAGACUCAGAAGUGGCUUGUCAAAAACCGCUUCAACACCUACGCACGACUCUUCUCCCACUUCUCAGGUACCCACUCUUUCCCUGGUCCCUAGUGUAGCUUGAGAGUCAUUAAACCAACCUGUUGUGUAGCUUGAGAGUCAUUAAACCAACCUGUUGUGUAGCUUGAGAGUCAUUAAACCAACCUGUUGUGUAGCUUGAGAGUCAUUAAAGCCAACCUGUUGUGUAGGUUGAGAGUUAUUAAAGCCAACCUGUUGUGUAGGUUGAGAGUUAUUAAAGCCAACCUGUUGUGUAGGUUGAGAGAUAUUAAAGCCAACCUGUUGUGUAGGUUGAGAGUUAUUAAAGCCAACCUGUUGUGUAGGUUGAGAGUUAUUAAAGCCAACCUGUUGUGUAGGUUGAGAGUUAUUAAAGCCAACCUGUUGUGUAGGUUGAGAGUCAUUAAACCAACCUGUUGUGUAGGUUGAGAGUUAUUAAAGCCAACCUGUUGUGUAGGUUGAGAGUUAUUAAAGCCAACCUGUUGUGUAGGUUGAGAGAUAUUAAAGCCAACCUGUUGUGUAGUUGAGAGUUUUAAAGCCAACUGUUGUGUAGUUGAGUUAUUAAAGCCAACCUGUUGUGUAGGUUGAGAGUUUUAACCAACCUGUUGUUAGGUUGAGAGUUAUUAAGCCAACCUGUUGUGUAGGUUGAGAGGUUAUUAAGCCAACCUGUUGUGUAGGUUGAGAGUUUUAACACCUGUUGUGUAGGUUGAGAUUUUAAAGCACCUGUUUGUAGGUUGAGAGUUAUUAAAGCCACUGUUGAGAGUUAUUAAAGCCAACCUGUUGUGUAGGUUGAGAGUUAUUAAAGCCACCUGUUGUGUUGUGUAGGUUUUGACUUAUUGAAGUUGACCUGUUGUGUUGUGUAGGUUUUGACUUAUUGAAGUUGACCUGUUGUGUUGUGUAGGUUUUGACUUAUUGAAGUUGACCUGUUGUGUUGUGUAGGUUUUGACUUAUUAAAGUUGACCCGGGACGACCUGGUUCAGAUCUGUGGAGCUGCUGAUGGGAUCAGACUCUUCAACACACUAACAUCCAGGUAGGGGUGAGAGGGGGGGAGGGGGGAGGGAGGGGUGGAGAGGGGAGGGUCGGUGUGGGGGGGGAGGGGGGGUGGGGGGGGGUUGUGAGGGUGGUGUGAGAAGGAGGGGGUGUGAGAAGGAGGGGGUCGGGUGUGAGAGGGAGUGUGUGUGGGAGGGAGGGAGGGAGGGAGGGGAGGUGUGUUUGUGAGAGAGGGGGGUGUGUGUGAGUUCUGGUCUGUCCUGAAUAUUUAUGUUUUUUAUUUGUAAUAAAUUAGCAAACAUUUCUAAAAACCUGUUUUCGCUUAGUCAUUAUGGGGUAUUGUGUGUAGAUUUCUGAGGAUUUUUUAUAUUUUUUAUCCAUUUUAGAAUAAGGCUGUAACGUAACAAAAUGUGGAAAAAGUCAAGGGGUCUGAAUACUUUCCUGAUGCACUGUAUAUACCUCCAUCACUCCAGUAUCCCUGCACAUUGUAAAUAUGGUACUGGAACUGACCCUGAAUAGAAUGCUUUCUAACUAACUUAUUGUGUUCAUAGUUCCUAUUCUUAUUUCUCCUGUGUUUUUUCUAGUAUUAUGUUGUUAUUCAUUACUGCAUUGUUGGGGUUAGAGCUGCAAGGCAUUUCACUGUACUUGUGCAUGUGACAUUAAAACCUGAUGUGUGUGUGUGUGUGAGAGAGAGAGAGAGGGGUGUCUGUGUGGUGUGUGAGAGAGAGAGAGAGGGGUGUGUGUGUGAAACAGUGUGUUUGUGUGUGUGAGCGAGCGAGAGAGGGACUGGGUGUGAGAGAGAGAGAGGACUGGGUGUGAGAGAGAGAGAGGGACUGGGUGUGAGAGCAAGAGAGGGACUGGGUGUGAGAGCAAGAGAGGGACUGGGUGUGAGAGAGAGAGAGGGACUGGGUGUGUGAGAGAGAGAGGGACUGGGUGUGUGAAGAGAGAGAGGGACUGGGUGUGUGAGAGAUAGAGGGACUGGUGUGUGAAGAGAGAGGGAUCUGGGUGUGUGAGAGAGAGAGGGACUGGGUGUGUGAAGAGAGAGGGAUCUGGGUGUGUAGAUAAGGGCGGGUGUGUGAGAGAGAGAGGGCCUGGGUGGUGUGAGGAGAGAGUGGACUGGGUGUGUGAUAAGAGAGGGACUGGGUGUGUGAGAGAAGAGAGGGACUGGUGUUGGAAGAGGGAACUUUCUGGGUGUGUGAAGAGAGAGGGACUGGGUGUGUGAGAGAGAGGGGACUGGGUGUGUGAGAGAGAGAGGGACUGGGUGUGUGAGAGAGAGAGGGACUGGGUGUGUGAGAGAGAGAGGGACUGGGUGUGUGAGAGAGAGAGGGGGACUGGGUGUUGUGAGAGAGAGAGGGACUGGGUGUGUGAGAGAGAGAGGGACUGGGUGUGUGAGAGAGAGAGGGACUGGGUGUGUGAGAGAGAGAGGGACUGGGUGUGUGAGAGAGAGGACAUGGGUGUGAGAGGAGAGAGGGACUGGGUGUGUGAGAGAGAGGGACUGGGUGUUGAGAGAGAGAGGGACUGGGUGUGAGAGAGAAGAGGGACUGGGUGUGAGAGAGAGAGGGACUGGGUGUGUGAGAGAGAGAGGGACUGGGGUGUGAGAGAGAGAGGGACUGGGGUGUGUGAGAGAGAGAGGGACUGGGUGUGUGAGAGAGAGGGACUGGGUGUGUGAGAGAGAGAGGGACUGGGUGUGUGAGAGAGAGGGACUGGGUGUGAGAAGAGAGAGGGACUGGGGUGAGAGAGAGAGGGGACUGGGGUGUGUGAAGAGAGAGAGGACUGGGGUGUGAGAGCAAGAGAGGGGGCUGGGGUGUGAGAGAGAGAGGGGAUGGGUUUGUGUGAGAGAGAGAGGGACUGGGUGUGAGAGAGAGAGAGGGACUGGGUGUGUGAGAGAGAGAGGGACUGGGUGUGAGAGAGAGAGAGGGACUGGGUGUGUGAGAGGAGAGGGACUGGGUGUGUGAGAGAGAGAGAGGGACUGGGUGUGUGAGAGAGAGAGGGGACUGGGUGUGUGAGAGGAGAGGGACUGGGUGUGUGAGAGAGAGGGGAGGGAUGGGGUGGUGAGAAGAGAGGGACUGGGUGUGAGAGAGAGAGGGACUGGGUGUGAGAGAGAGAGGCACUGGGUGUGUGAGAGAGAGAGGGACUGGGUGUGUGAGAGAAGAGAGGGACUGGGGUGUGAGAGAGAGAGGGCACUGGGUGUGUGGAGAGAGAGGGACUGGGUGUGUGAGAGAGAGGGACUGGGUGUGAGAGGAGAGAGGGACUGGGUUGUGAGAGAGAGGGGACUGGGUUGUGAGAGAGAGGGGACUGGGUGUGUGAGGGGAGAGGGACUGGGUGUGUGAGAGAGAGAGGGACUGGGUUUUGUGAGAGAGAGAGGGACUGGGUGUGUGAGAGAGAGGGACUGGGUGUGUGAGAGAGAGGGACUGGGUGUGUGAGAGAGAGGGACUGGGUGUGGAGAGGAGAGGGACUGGGUGUGAGAGAGAGAGGGACUGGGUGUGAGAGAGAGAGGGACUGGGUGUGUGAGAGAGAGAGGGACUGGGUGUGAGAGAGAGAGGGACUGGGUGUGUGAGAGAGAGGGACUGGGUGUGAGAGAGAGAGGGACUGGGUGUGUGAGAGAGAGGGACUGGGUGUGAGAGAGAGAGAGGGACUGGGUGUGUGAGAGAGAGGGACUGGGUGUGUGAGAGAGAGAGGGACUGGGUGUGUGAGAGAGAGAGAGGGACUGGGUGUGUGAGAGAGAGGGACUGGGUGUGAGAGAGAGAGGGACUGGGUGUGUGAGAGAGAGGGGACUGGGUGUGAGAGAGAGAGGGACGGGUGUGUGAGGAGAGAGAGAGGACGGGGUGUGUGAGAGAGGGGAUGGGGGUGAGAGAGAGGGGAUGGGAAUGGGGGGGGGGGGGGGGGUGUGAGAGAGAGAGAGAGAGAAGGUGUGAGAGGAUAUGGGAGUGUGUGUGUGUUUCUAACAUGUAACUCAGAUUUGCCAGUUCUUGCUGUGAGAUGUUACCCCACUCUUCCACCAAGGCACCUGCAAGCUCCCAGACAUUUCUGGGGGGAAUGGCCCUAGCCCUCACCCUCCGAUCCAACAGGUCCCAGACGUGCUCAAUGGGAUUGAGAUCCGGGCUCAUUCGCUGGCCAUGGCAGAACACUGACAUUCCUGUCUUGCAGGAAAUCACGCACAGAACGAGCAGUAUGGCUGGUGGCAUUGUCAUGCUGGAGGGUCAUGUCAGGAUGAGCCUGCAGGAAGGGUACCACAUGAGGGAGGAGGAUGUCUUCCCUGUAACGCACAGCGUUGAGAUUGCCUGCAAUGACAACAAGCGCAGUCCGAUGAUGCUGUGACACACCGCCCCAGACCAUGACGGACCCUCCACCUCCAAAUCGAUCCCACUCCAGAGUACAGGCCUCGGUGUAACGCUCAUUCCUUCGACGAUAAACGCAAAUCCGACCAUCACCCCUGGUGAGACAAAACCGCGACUCGUCAGUGAAGAGCACUUUUUGCCAGUCCUGUCUGGUCCAGCGACGGUGGGUUUGUGCCCAUAGGCGACGUUGUUGCCGGUGAUGUCUGGUGAGGACCUGCCUUACAACAGGCCUAUAAGCCCUCAGUCCAGCCUCUCUCAGCCUAUUGCGGACAGUCUGAGGGAUUGUGCGUUCCUGGUGUAACUUGGGCAGUUGUUGUUGCUAUCCUGUACCUGUCCCGCAGGUGUGAUGUUCGGAUGUACCGAUCCUGUGCAGGUGUUGUUACACGUGGUCUGCCACUGCGAGGACGAUCAGCUGUCCGUCCUGUCUCCCUGUAGCUCUGUCUUAGGCGUCUCACAGUACGGACAUUGCAAUUUAUUGCCCUGGCCACAUCUGCAGUCCUCAUGCCUCCUUGCGGCAUGCCUAAGGCACGUUCACGCAGAUGAGCAGGGACCCUGGGCAUCUUUCUUUUGGUGUUUUUCAGAGUCAGUAGAAAGGCCUCUUUAGUGUCCUAAGUUUUCAUAACUGUGACCUUAAUUGCCUACCGUCUGUAAGCUGUUAGUGUCUUAACGACCGUUCCACAGGUGCAUGUUCAUUAAUUGUUUAUGGUUCAUUGAACAAGCAUGGGAAACAGUGUUUAAACCCUUUACACUGAAGAUCUGUGAAGUUAUUUGGAAAGUUACGAAUGAUGUUUGAAAGACAGGGUCCUGAAAAAGGGGACGUUUCUUUUUUUGCUGAGUUGAUAUGUAUUCCUGCAGGUCGGUGCGUCCCAGGUUGACCCUCUAUGUGUGUCAGGAGUGUGAGGUGUAUAGCCCCCUGCUGGAAAGAUGCUGUGACAGCCAGAACAGAGAGCGCGGUGACCCACCUAAUUUAUACGGUGUGUGUGUCUUUGUAGUUUUGUGUGUGUUUAUGUUUAAAGGGCCAAUCUGCAGUUUUCACAUCCAUUUUACGAAUUUUAAAUCCUUAUCAAAAUAUACGCUUGUUUUACUCAGAAUGUUUGCAAACACUGUUUAGCCUGAAAACAUGGUUAAAACUAUCAUUUUGAUCUCAGGGAUCCUUGAAUUCCUCCAGCCCCUUUUCUCAGCUAUUUACCAAAACAGUGGCGGGGUUUGAAAUGCAGAUUGCCACUUUUAAAUAUACUGCAUAUAGUUCAUCAGAAAAAGGGCAAAGCGCAUGUAUAAACAUAAAUGUCAAUGCUUUAAAAAAAGAAAAUAGAAACUAAAGCUGAAGGACUCUGGGAGGACUCUGAUUUGCAUUCUACUGUAUACACCUCUAUGUCUCCAUUCUAGAAGAGUCAGCAUGUCUGUGUUUUAACCUGUGUGUGUGUGUGUGUGUGUGUGUGUGUGUGUGUGUGUGUGUGUCUGCAGUGUACCAUGCUCUGUACCUGGAAGAGCUGACUGCGGCUGAGUUGAUCAGGAAGAUGGCGUGUGUGUGUAGCGUUCCACUGGGACAGAUCAACCAGGUCUACCGGCAAGGACCCUCAGGAAUACACAUACUGCUGAGUGACCAGGUACACACACACACACACACACACACAGUUCAGUGACCAGGUACACACACAGUUCAGUGACCAGGUACACACACAGUUCAGUGACCAGGUACACACACACACACACACACACUGUUCAGUGACCAGGUACACACACACACACACACACAAACACACUGUUCAGUGACCAGGUACACAAACACAAACACACUGUUCAGUGACCAGGUACAAACACACACCUCCUGUGUGGAUGUUAUCUUUGACCAGGAAGAGGUGGAUUUUCUCUGUCCUUCAGUGAUCUGUCCAUCAGGUGUUUGCACUUAAUUGACAUACUGCCUCUGUGUCCCACCCUAACCCUUCCCCCGUCUGCCUACUCAGGAAGUUCUGGGUGCACCAUUCAAAACACUCCCCCAACCAGACUGCACAUCACAGCUAGUGGACAUGUCUACCCGUUUUAAUGAUUUGAUACUGUGUCAGUAUAACCCUAACAUUACUGAUUCAAUUCUAAAAUAGAUUUCUUAACAGUCCUUGUUUUAAUGUUAUUCCCCCCCAGAUGGUUUACAACUUACCUGACGAGAGCUGCUUUCUCAUCGGCACAGUCAAAGGUAUGUUGAUAGUCAGACAUUUCUGUUAUGGUCAAACGUUCCUUUUCUAGUUGUGUGUUUGGCCUCAAUGCUAACACUAGCUCUUAUUUCCCUCUCUCUCUCUCUAGAUGAAACGGGGGAGGGGCUCCACCAAAUGGGGGAGGGGAUUCACCUGGUUUUGAAGUAGUGAUAGAGGAUGAGAGCGCGAUGACAUCACUCAACACUCCUCCCUCCGUGUGGAGGGGAGCAGCCUCCCUCCCUCCCUCCAUCCCUCCCUCUCCCCUGUCGUUCAGAUUGCCAUGUGUAAGGCAGACGGACAGAGAAUGAACUGAACUGCAGCCAUGUUAAUGUUAGAAUCUGACGCGGGUGUGACCACUGUUUCAUAUUGAAAACACUAUUACUGAGGAGGGGAGGGGACAGAGCGGGAGACUUGGCAUGUUUUUGUUUGUUUAUUCUUUAAUUUUUAUAUUGUACCAGGGGAUGGAGGCUGCCCCCCACA